CCGAACCCCCCCUCCCCCAUCCGGGCUCUCGCUGCUCCCCUGCAACUUCCAUGAUCUCCCCAAUAAAUUUCUCUGGUCCUUCCAUGCCAUGCCAAUUCUUUUUACCGGAAAUGGAAAAGUUUGGAAGGACCAAGAGCUAGCAGCUGCCAUCCACUACCUCACUCCCUCCUCCCCUCAGCCCUCACACCUCACUCACUCACUCCACCAACUUGCUUCAGAGUCCUAACCAUCUUCCUCUUCCCCUACCCAACAAGAACCCCAAGGCAAGACCGCGAGAACCGCGAGGCUGUGAAGGGCAUGUGGGUUGAUCUGCCCCAAGAACUUGUUGUCGAUCUCGGCGUGGUUUCAGUUUGAGGCAUUAGCUAUGGCAGGCUGAUCUUCCACGAGCGAUGAAACUGCACACUGCAGUGUUUGUUCAUCUUGACCUCGGUGAUCUUGAUUGAGCACACCAGUUACCACUUACCACCCAGCUGAGUCAUGGCGUAUUCCGGGCAAAGGCACGGUGGUGUUGGGAGCUCCUCAAGGCCAGGGAAUGGCUUCAAGGGGCCAGCCAGCUCGGUCGAGUUUCUGGGAAGGGGGAUGCUGGAAAUGCAAUUGAGCGAUGCCAAAGCAGAUGCUGAUGAUGAAAGGGACAUGGGGUCAGGCUCAGAUGUGACUGAUAAUUCUAGUAAUGAAGCUAGUCACAUAAAAGCAACUACAAUUCGUGGGCACAUCGGCCUGCCUAAACAGUCGGUCACAUACAUUGCUGAACAUGUGGUUGGAACUGGUUCUUUUGGGGUUGUAUAUCAGGCCAAAUGCCGAGAAACAGGAGAAAUUGUUGCCAUAAAAAAGGUUCUUCAAGAUAAGCGUUACAAGAACAGAGAGCUGCAAAUCAUGCAUAUGCUUGACCAUCCUAACAUCAUCGGUCUUAAGCAUUACUUCUUUUCAACCACUGAAAGGGAUGAGCUUUAUCUCAAUCUUGUUCUUGAGUUUGUUCCAGAGACAGUGAACAGGAUCGCAAGGCAGUACAACCGAAUGAAUCAACGGAUGCCCCUAAUUUAUGUCAAACUGUACACGUAUCAGAUAUGCCGAGCACUUGCUUAUAUACACAACUGCAUUGGCAUCUGCCACCGUGAUAUCAAACCGCAGAAUGUUCUUGUCAACCCACAUACGCACCAGCUCAAAAUUUGUGAUUUCGGAAGUGCUAAAGUAUUGGUCAGAGGUGAGCCAAACAUCUCCUACAUAUGCUCAAGGUAUUACCGGGCACCAGAGCUCAUAUUUGGUGCAACGGAAUAUACUACUGCUAUUGAUUUGUGGUCAACAGGCUGUGUCAUGGCAGAGCUGCUUCUAGGACAGCCUCUGUUUCCUGGAGAAAGUGGAGUUGACCAACUUGUUGAGAUUAUCAAGGUUUUGGGUACUCCAACAAGGGAAGAGAUCAAGUGCAUGAACCCAAACUACACAGAGUUCAAGUUCCCGCAAAUUAAAGCUCAUCCAUGGCACAAGGUUUUUCAAAAAAAGCUUCCACCUGAAGCAGUGGACCUUGUUAGCAGGUUUCUGCAGUACUCACCAAAUCUACGGUGCACUGCUUUGGAAGCCUGCAUGCAUCCUUUCUUUGAUGAGCUGAGAGACCCUAGCACUCGUCUACCAAAUGGGCGGCCUUUGCCUCCUCUCUUCAACUUCAGAUCUCAAGAGCUGAAAGGCGUUCCUCCAGAAGUCGUCGAGCGCCUUGUCCCAGAGCACGCGAGAAGGCAGAGUUUGUUCAUGGCAUUGCGGACCUAGUUUUCGCUGGUCUUUUUGCCCUUUUUUCACUGCUUGUUCCCUGAGGGAAGCUUGUAAAGCUCUAGCUUCUCCUUUACCUUCCGUCCUCCCCUGCUUUCCCGUUCUUUCUUUGGAGCUUUGUGUGGAUGAGAUCCUUGAGAUACACUAGAGUUGUUCCAGGAUGUGAGGUUGAAGUGUGUGGUGUGCAGUUGGCUUUGAGGCUGGAGAUUUCGGUUGCAGUGUUGUGAGAGGCUUGCGGAGCUUUUCUUUGUCUAGUUUUCAUGCUUCUCUGGCUUGAAUUUUCUUAAAUUAUUUUGAACUUGCUUCAAGACUUGGUUAUGUGAUGCUUUGUGUGCAGUAAAAGGUAGUAGUUGGAUCA